AUGGACUCUGAUUUGGACAAGAUUGAUAGCAGCGAGGAGAAAUUCAUAGGGCCCUUUGGAGUGUUCCGGUUAAAUAAAGAAGACAGGGUGGAGCGGCCAGCCUUUGUUGCUGCGCCGUCGUCAUUUGUUGCUCCAUCCUUUGAGACAAUUAUUCCUCGGGAGCUGUGGCUGCACCCGCGGUUGCAAGUCGAUGCGCUUUUGACGUACCGAACAAUGAUUGGAGAUGCUAUGGUCAACACCAACGAUUGGGAGAUGGUGAAGCGGGAGAUUUUCGCCGAGUACUAUGGCAGCACGCCUCGUAACAGGCUUGUGGACCGUAUCAUGUUGAGUGAUUCCGAAAAUGAAGCCGUGACGGAAAGUUAUCUGAAAAAAUUAGUGUUGGAGCUGGGUCCUCAGAGCACGGGCGAUGUAUUUCUAGAUUUUCUCGAGCACCCCAAGACACGUGGCUGGAUCCAGCAAUUUACGCGUCAGUGUACUAGCCUGAUGUUUGUGGCUUAUAAAGGCAGCAUUCUGGACAAGCUCGUGGUGCCGACUCUGCUUCGAGACGUCGGCGAGUUGGUGGUGCAAAAAGCCCGGAAAUCAGAACACAGCAAUGUAAUCUACUUGCUGAAACAGACUUUUGUGCUGCAGUCACUUGCAAUUUCGACGCUGGGCAGAUACCAGGCGCUUUUUGACAUUUCUGGGGAACACGAGAGCUCGAUGUCUCUGCUGCGUGCGUUCAUUUUUUUGCGUGAGGCUAGUUUGGCCAACCUGAGCCGUGCUCUGAGUCCAUUGGUGACCAUGAAGGGCGAGCGGCCGGAAGUGACGAACGACGAGCUGCUGGACGCGAUUCUGCAGAACGGCAUGAUUGACCAGCUACUGAUGGUGAUUUUGAUGGCCAUCAAACAGGACGAGUCGAUGAGCAUAUUCCAUAACUACAAGUUUUUGCACGGUGUUGCGGGUGGCAUCGGCAAGCUCCUUGAGACUCGCGAGCUGGAGAGCAGCACGAAAGACCUCAUACUGUGGCUACGGUACCUGAAUAUGUUAUUCAAGUCUACUUCGAUCAUCGAUAUUGAGAACUACCAUUUAGAGGAGGAAAAAUUGGACCUCAAGGAGGUGGCUCUGCCAACAGAGGACCCGACAAAAAUCGAAAUCAAGCAGCUGGUCGUGGAGGAGAGCUGGGAAAACCUUCAGCUCAGCAACGUGCCGCGCAAGCUGGCGCAACGACCGCCUGUCGAGGACAAACCUCCGCGAAAAUACGUGGUGCAAUUUACCUAUGGCCAGCAAAUAGAGUCAGAAGACGACGAGGACGAUGACAAUGAAAACGAAGGCGAGCCCAUUCAGUUCAAAUUUCCUAUUGCCGACCUCCCGUUCUCCCCAAUCGAGCUCAAUUUCGGAAUCCCCCGCAGUCUUCUUGAACUGAUGGAGCGCACUGUGGAGCUAUCCGACCACAGAAAUUAUAUUCUACGGAAAAAAGUGUAUCCACGCAAUUUCCCCAAACAGUGCUGCGACCUGGAAGAGGACCUGCGCAACUGGAAGCUUCCGUGGGUGCUGUACGAGCAGCGCGAUGGCGUGCUGUAUUUUUACAGCCCCGUGCACGAGAGCGUGUACCAUCUGUCGGUGUGCUUUUACUACACCACGCUUAUGUUUUUCUACCGCAUAAUUAAAGAGUCGCAUCCCAACCAGCUGCAGAGCCACGUUGCGUCCACGCUGUACCAUUUGGAGGCCCUGUGGAACUUGAAGCUACGGGUGCGUCGGACGGCCGAUUUGCGUGUAAAUCUGCCGUUUUGGUGCUUUUUCCUGUCUGGCUCCGACGCCCUGGACGAAGAGCUCCAGACCCGCUACGACAUUCUUGGCCGCACGGCGUUCGACGCAGGCGACCGCUGGAUCGGCAAACAGGCGCUCUUUGAGAUUUGGCGCGGCCGCAACAGCAACGAUGACGAGUUGCGUGUCGCUUCGUGGCUCGACCUGGUGAAAUACUGGCAAAUCGGUGGAUACAUGUAA